AUGAUAACAAGAGAUGUGGUGCUGAUGUCUUUGCAAGAGCAAAAGGAGAAUGAGAAAAGUGUGGUGCUGGAGGAGUCCAGAAACCGCAAGUCAGUUACUCAACUGUAUGUCAGUUUGCCCCCCAGCACCAAAGAUAGCCUGAAGAAAGUUGAUCGCCCACUGUUUAAGGAUUUCUGGCAAAGAUUCCUUGACAGUUUAAAAGCCUUAGCAACAAAGCAGGAAUGGACUGUGUACCGACUAACAUCAGAGAAGGCCUGGAAUGUGGAUGAGCUGCAGGCGUAUGCUGAGCUUGUGAGCCUGGGGAAUCCUGACUUCAUCGAAGUGAAGGCUGUUACCCACUGCACCAAAUUUAGUGCUUCAAAUACAUCCUUGACCAUUUCUCAUAUAUCAUAUCACAGGACACUUGCUGAAUGUGUCAGAAGUUUGGUGCUUCUUACUCCAUGUUAUAGAUUGGCGUGCAUAAAUCUUCAUACAAACAUGUUAAUUUUCUCUUCCCUCCAGUUUAAGAUUGAUGGAGAGUGGUGGACAUGGAUCGACUAUAGCCACUUUCAGGAGCUCAUCCAGGCAUAUGAAGACAGCAACGGGUCAGAAACUUUCAGCGCCCAGGAUUAUAUGGCAAAAACUCCACAGUGGGCACUGUUUGGUGCCAGUGAAAGAGGCUUUGAUCCCAAGGACAUAAGACAUCAGAGGAAGAACAAGUCGAAGGGUGUUUCCGGCCACUGAGCUUAUCUCACUUCGGGAUCCUGAAGGACAAAAGCUAAAUGACCCAGAAGGUUCUUGGGCUCUUGUGCUUUGUUCCAAGCAUAGACGACGUUGCUUCCUGUAGUGAGAUACAAGUCAUAAACCAGGUUGGAGAGAUGGCUUCCACACUGUGGGUGCCUGGGACUCACCUCAAUAUUUCUUAUCAGAUUUCAACCCCUUUCCUAACUUUAUUUCUCAGUGAAAAAUCAUUUUGGGGUAAAGUAGACAAUAGCCAUUAGGAUUUGGCUAAUAGUGUUAAAUUAUAUUUUAGUAAGAUUUCCUAAAAUGCUACUCAUGGCAGUGUCAUACAAGGAAUGAGCAGCUGAGCCUCUUCCUCUUUCUGGGCCGUUAUCUUCUCAUGCAAUAGCCACUUCACCUUGAGCUGUGCCACGCUGAGCUGAAUCUGCCUGCUCCCUCAAAGAGAGCUCAGCCACUUCUUACAUCUUAAGAUAAUACACCUGAAAAAACGUAAAUUGUCACAAUUUUCAAUUAUUUUAAGUACUGUGUCAGUGUAUAUGCAAUUCACUCAGCUGAAACUGUGCUAGCUCACAUCCACUCCCACACACAUGCCCUCAGAAGGAAAUACGUGGAGUGAAUCCCGCACAGCCUUGUCCCAGAGGAGCUGUCACACCAUGGCGCUGGGUCAUGAGCCACACAUCCAUGAAGGAUUGUGCACUUUCCAUUGGAAAGAUCACUGUCGCAGCCUCUUGUUAGGACCACAACCCUCAGCUGUCCAUCUUGUUGCACUCCUGGAACUUUCCCUGCUCUCACUACUCUUACCAGCUUGUCUUCAAGUUCAAGUCUUUUCUGGCUAAAUCCAUUAUUCCAUUUUUUCAAGUUGUCCAAGUUAUUUUAUCCAAAAAUUUCUUUAUUCAAAAAUUGAGCUAACAAAAUAAACUUUUGUAAAAACGU